AUGGACUGGCAGUCGGCGACGAGGAAGAAGGCCUGCGUCACGCAGGACGACGCGAAGCCCAUUUGGGAAAAGUUCUCGGAUCCGAUGAUGGUUCAGACGGAGGACGAAACUUGGUACGUUGUGGACCGAGAAUUCCUCGGCAACCUGCAACUCCUGGCGACCUACGGGACAUCGGAGGAUCCUGAAAACGCUGGACUAUCUGCCCAGGACUUGCCGCUGAAAAUUGAGAACAAACCGCUACUGAGCGCUGCCAGCAGAGACAAACCGCGAGCAACAAAAACCACCCUUCUCGACGACUCAGUCGCAUACGCUCAAGGCGAGCGUUUCGAAGUGGUGAACGAAGAGUUCUGGCGCCUGCUGAUGCAGCACUUUGAGGUGGACAUCGAAGUCCCUCGUCGAGUGUACCGUGACGGCCAGCGGCUGAAAGUCGAGAUACAGCCCUUGCUUUUGGGUGUCUAUACAGCUGAGAACGCGGACCUCGCAGAGAGUGACUGUGUUCACGUCGGAAAUCUCGUUUUCUCGCACGGCGACACGGUUGAAGAAGCGCGAAGAAAGGUGCUUGACUUGGUGCACAACGAGACGUGGACGGUCUUGGCAGGUUUCCUGGGAGAGGGCGCGAAGCGUCCGGCGCACCUUCGGCUGCUGUGUACAGACACCGGGCGUCCUCGGACGCUCGGCGAAGCAGGCGUCGACACCGAGAUGGUUUUCCUCGCUCUUCCCCCACAGGCCGCGGAGGCGCUCCUCGCGAAGGCACUCCUCGCGAAGGCGCUGCCUCUCCCGGCCCCGGACAUGCCCAGCGAGACAGAUGAGAGGCGGAGUGAGAGUCCGCGCGUGAACGGGCUGCACAGCGAAGACGAGCGCGAGGGUGGAGCUGUCGGAGCCUCGCGCACGGAGAAACGCAGACCCCUGCCGCUUCCCUGGGAACCUGCGAGGCCAGGCGCGCUCGAGGGAAACCUCGACGAAAUGUUCGCGUCUGGCGGCGUCUGCGGCCUCGCAAACUUGGGGAACACCUGCUUCCUCAACUCCGCCGUCCAGUGCCUCUCGAAAGUCCUCCCCCUGUCCUACUACUUCCUCAGCGGGCGUUUCGUCGCCGACAUCAACGAGGAAAAUGUCAUGGGCACGCAAGGCCGCCUCGCUAGGGCCUAUCACGCGACGCUGCGGGAUAUGUGGUUUGGAGGCGACUCGCCUCUCGCGCCGCGCGACCUGAAGGCGGCUGUGGGGCGCGUGCGCGAAGAGUUCCUGGGCUACAACCAGCAAGACUCGCAAGAGUUGAUUGCCUUUCUGCUCGACGGCCUCCACGAGGACCUGAACCGCAUCAAGAAGAAGCCGUACUACGAGUCAAAGAUCGAAGGGGGCCCGGAGAAGUCGGACGCGGAAGUUGCGGAGCUUUCGUGGCAGCGCCACAAGGAAAUCAACGAUUCAGUGAUUGUGGAUUUGUUUCAAGGCCAGUAUCGCUCGCGUCUGGAGUGUCCUGCAUGCGGGAAAAUCUCGGUGACGUUCGAUCCCUUCAUGUAUCUCUCUCUCCCCGUCCCUCCCGAGUGGCGUCACCAAGUUGUCUUCACCCUUGCCGUUGAUUCCCGGCGGCCCGAAGCCUUCUGCUUCCAGCGCGCCUUCCCAGGAAACCUCGACUACGCCAAGGCCAAACAAGUUUGCCUCGACAUUGUUGCUCGGCUCCUCUCGGAUGCUUCGACGCAAACACUCGGCGCCGAGGAAAAGGAAACCUUGCGGUCGAGCGUCUUGUCGAACGUCCAGUUGAAGGAUCUCUCGCAGCUCAGUGCCGACAACGUUCUCAUGCUCGCGAAGAACAGGGAAGACCUCGCAGGGGUCUACCUGUCGGACGUGAACGCGAAGGUUUUCACUGCCGCGGACACUGUGAGGUACAGGUUCGAUAGAAAACCUUCGCACAUCUUUGCGUGGCUGAUGCCAGCGCGAAUCGUCCAGGAAGUAGAGGCAGGAUCCCGAAAGGACUCUGCGAGGGGCGGUGUCGAGGGAACAAUGGACGCCCGCCCGGCUGAGUCGACAGCGAGAGGAGACGGCGCUCGAGGAUCCCCCGGGCACACGAGCACCGCAGAGACGGAGAAGGCUCCUCCGACGACUGCGGCUGGCGACGGCGAGCCGAGCGAAGACAGGUGGAAGGCGUUGGGAAAUUACACGUCAGGUGACAGCGAGAAGCCCUCUCCAGAAGCAACGUGUCAUCGCGUCAAGAAGAGAAGGUCAAACAGUUUCUGCCUUGGCGCGAGAGGCCUUGCCGAGACCGACACAACUUUUGCACUAGUCCUCCCUGUCUUCAGAACGCCUGCUGGAGAUGUUAGGCCAAUCCAGCGGUGUAUGCCAGUUUUGUUGCCUGUCGCGGAGGGCGCUACGUGCGAGGAAUUUUACAAACAAGUGGAAGGCAUCUACCUCUAUGGCAACGAUGAAGAGAAGUUGGUCUCGCGGCCGGAAGCGAAUCAGCCACAGGACGAAGAGGGGAGCCCGCAGGGGCAGUCCCUGAUCAAUCACGCCGUUGGAUUCAUUCGGAGCUUCUCAGGGCAGUCGGACCUGGGCGGGGCGCGGCAGAUCAAGCUGCUAGUGCCUCCAGGCUUUCGCGUUCAGGAAGCGCAGAAAAGCGUCAUCAGUCAGGGCGUUAAUCUGUUGGCGAACGGCAUUGGAGGGAAGGCGAGUAACCAGCCGCGGCCACUGCCAAUGGACAACCAGCUUGUGUCGGCGAACCUGCAACCCAAGACGGGAGACUUUGUGGCCUUACUCUACGCCGACAUGGGGACGUUGACGGACAGCGAGAAGGUGGGGCCCCCCGAAGGCAUUCGCGUGAUGGGGCCUGUGGAGGUGCAACCAAACACGGACAUCUCCGAUUGCCUACGCCUCUUCUCGGAACAAGAGCGACUGGACAUCGAAAAUAUGUGGUACUGCAGCUCGUGCAAGGAGCAUGUUCAGGCGUACAAGAAGCUAGACCUAUGGAAAAUGCCCAAGAUUCUAAUACUCCAUCUGAAGCGUUUUCACAACAUCAGUCGAUUUACGCGAUCUAAAAUCGGCACGAAGGUCACAUUCCCGUACAAAGCCGGUGACUACCUGGACAUGACCCCGUACAUUCUCCCUGAAAGCCUGGAAAUGAUGCAUGCAAAGGAUCAAGGGUUUGCGCCCCUUUACGAGCUGGUGGCGGUGAACGUUCAUUCCGGGGAGCUCGGCGGAGGCCACUACUUUGCCUACGCAAAGCUGCGAGGACGGUGGUACGACUUCAACGAUUCUUGGGUGCAGUCCGUCUCAGAAGACUCCUGCCAUUCUUCGGACGCGUACAUGCUUUUCUACCGGCUCAAGCAGGACGAAUCCUAG